AUGUCAGAGGGAUCUCCUUCGUUGCCAACAAUUGCCGCUUACCAAGCGCUGUUCUUAUUCACUGGCUUCUAUCAGGCGCUUGGCACACAAUAUUUGUACUAUCAGGGAGCUGCUACUGGCACCAGUUUACUCACGAAUACGUCGCAAGCCGUCGGUGCAACCUUAGUGGGACUGUUACUAAUACCAAACUGGUGGGCGAACAAGUGGGGACAUGCUCAAAAAGGUUACGAGUCAGUAGACAAUGAAAUCGACAUGGUGGAUAUGAAUCGCUUAGAGACGCAGACUCGGAAAGACUAUCAGCUUGUGCCAGAUGACGUUGAUGAAGAUGUAAAAGACACUGAAGUGUUGGCAAAUAUCAAGCAAGAGCUAAAAGACACGAAUGAAGAUGUAAAAGUUAUUGACGAAGAUGCAAAAGAUGCAGAUUCUAUCGAUCGUUCAUCGAAGCCGCUGAAAGAACAUGUUAAUUACAGAGCCAUUGCUGGUGUAGCAGCUUUAGAUGCAGUGGGCAACUAUUUAACUACGAUUGCGUUUUUCUACAUUGGAAGUGGAAUGUUCCAAGUGAUAUACAGCUCUGUCGUAAUAUGGUGCGCCAUUCUUUCAUUCAUCUUUCUAAAACGCAACCUAUCACUGGUUCAAUGGCUAUCCAUUAUAGGAGUAUCACUUGGACUUGGUCUUAGCGCAUUGGGAAUCAAAGAGUCUGCUGAGGUGGUACCCGCAAAGACAGCAGCACCAGCUGAUGAUUCUGAUUUUUCCAUAACAUCAUUCCUGUCUUCUGCACAUUCAACAAUGUUCGGGGCGGUGUUGGCUAUGAUUUCUACGUUUGGCUAUGCGUGUAUUUAUGUCAUCUCUGACAGGAUAUUAUCAGAGCGAGUUCCCAACACAACCCCGCCGUCUCCCGAAAAGACUUGUUUCAUUAUUGGAAGCUGUAGCACGGUUUUAUGCACGAUAUAUAUACUGUUCUAUACUAUACCCAAUUGGGAUACGCUUGUAGUCGAAAAGAUGAAAGCGAGAGAACCGCAUGCGAGCACCGUAGUCAUAUUAACUAUAUUCGCAUUCCUCGUAUUUGCUUCUUUACUGCAUAAUCUAGCAUACUAUUGGUUGGUGAAGCAUACAGGAAAUGUAUCCACCGGAAUACUGAAUUCUUUGAGGGCAAUUGUUAUAUUUAUUCUGAGUCACUGGUUAUUCUGUAAUCAGGACCAUGCACAGUGUUUUAAUUACUGGAAGGGUGUUAGCGUAGUGGUGGUUGUUGGAUGCGUUGUAUCCUUUUCGCUCAGUAAGAGAUCAACAAUGCACGAUUAA